ACGUAAAUCAAGGAGUUUUUGCUAAGUCUGCCAGGAAGCAGAGAGGAGUAGCUAAAUAAAUAUUCAUAAACAUUAACAAUAAGCAAGCGGAAACAUAAACAAGCAAGAUAAAUACAAAUGGAUCUCGACUUACCACCUCCUAGGCCAGUGCACAUUCGUUUUUGUGGGCGGCCGGCCAUCGCAACCGGUGUCGUCAAUCUUCAGAUUUUAUUUGGGGAAUUGAAUUACUACCUUGUACAACGUGUAGAGGGAAAGAGUAUCGAACUUGGCAAUACAGCAGGUAUCGAACCUAUCCCACAACGCGCAGUCUCGGAUAAUGAUUCUCGCUCUUCCUUUGUGUUAUGCUCGCAGGAAGGGCUACCUACUGGGUCCUUUCACGUAGAAGAGGGUGGGGACUAUUGGAUAGCCAAUGGAACCGAACACAGAGCCGGAAUCACGCAGUCAACGAUAUCCGAAACAAUUUCUGUAGGGAGUGCAAAGAUGCAGAAGAGAGACUCAGAACCCGAAGGAGAAUCAUGUUAUCAUCCCGAAAAGGAUGCUGCGCUAGAUUGUGUUGAAAGCGAAAAAGCUUCUAGGAAACGGCAUAAGAACGAAAAGCGUUUGGCAACGUUAGAGCCCAACCCUAUUGCCUCGAAAGAACUCGAGAGUGGGGAACCCCCUCAUGUGGCGCCUCACGUACACAGUCAUAGUAAAAAGCAUAGCAAAAAAAAAAGCAAAGGCCAUAACCCGGACUCUCAUGCACACGAUGACGCGAAGGCAGACUUAGUAAACUCUUCUGAAGCCCUAGAGGAACCUUUGUGUGCAAAGUUCGUACCAAUAUUACUUCAAGAGCAGGAUGAGCGGAAUAAUCCAAUGCAAGAAUCAACGCCUCCACUAUCACACCCCGCCGCUUCCAUCCCGGAGACACCGCAGGUGGUGGAGGAUCGCAUCCACGCAAUUGCAUCACAUGGGGUCGAUGAACCGAGCCUGGGGGAGAGGGCAAGGAGAAAUAAAAAAGGUAAAUCAGCAGAAGCAAGUGAGGUCUGCAAAAAUACGCUAGACAAAGAGAUAAUUCGAUCCAACAAUGUGAGCGACUUCAAUGCUUGUGUGCAGUCGGAUGAGGUCCAAUCGACGGAUCGGCAUCCUUUGCAGACGCCUCGAUACAAACCCAGUGGUGGAGCGUCUAGCACAGAAGGAUUGAAGGAUAGCAUAUUGGCGUUCGAGGAGGAUAAAAAGCAUUUGACUUCACCCUCCCUGCCGUCUCCUGUUCGUAGAAAUAUGCCAAAAGCUUCUGAGCCAUCCCUUCCAAGUGGACGUCCGUCGCCGCCGGCGGAAAGCCCCAUGCUUGGAUUAUCCCAAAUGCCCACCACGAUUGUCGAGGAGUUCAGUUUAGACGCUUCAGCGGACUCCUCCUACGCAGGGUCCGAAUAUUUGUAUGACGAGUAAUAAUACCUGCAUAGAGCGUCCUUCACCUUUUCCCCUUUCUCUUUAUAUACACACUCCGGUGCAUAGAUGCGAAUGGAGGGUCCAUCCACCUCCGUACUCCUUUAAACUUUUUUCCCUUUACAAAUGACCAAAAAA